AGGGGAAUAGAGGGGUUGGCAGAUCCCUGAAGACAACUAGCACUCCCUGCGGAGAGGUUCCAGCCACGGAGUCGAUCCCUCUGCCCGUGUUCUCAACUCCUUGCACUUCUGCAAUCGCUCUUGAAACGGCUCUCUGGCUGCAAGAAAAUCCUAUCAGAUCUGUUACCAAGCAAAUUGAAGUUUCCAGUCCCUCCGGGCCAGUGUGGCAAGCAUCUUCUACUCUCCCUGGGAGCUGCUUUGUGCGUUUGGCACUUUCUACCUGGGAUGGAGCAGAGCAUGAAACAGACUACUGAGGUCCUGCUGCAUCUGGCACCUGCUGAAGUUGCCAGCCUCAAGGAAGGAAUCAAUUUUUUUCGAAAUAAGAGCACUGGCAAAGACUACAUCUUAUACAAGGAUCAGAACCACCUGAAGGCAUGCAAGAACCUGUGCAAGCACCAAGGAGGCCUGUUCAUCAAAGAUAUCGAGGACCUGGACGGCAGGUCUGUUAAAUGCACAAAGCACAACUGGAAGUUAGAUGUGAGCACCAUGAAGUAUACUAACCCUCCAGGGAGCUUCUGCCAAGAUGAGCUGGUGAACGUCGCCCAGGUAACGUAUCUCACGCACGCCUGCAUGGACCUCAAGUUGGGAGACAAGAGGAUGGUGUUCGACCCUUGGCUAGUGGGUCCCGCUUUUGCCCGAGGGUGGUGGCUGCUGCAUGAGCCUCCCUCCGACUGGCUGGAGAGGCUGUGCCGGGCAGACCUGAUUUACAUCAGCCACAUGCACUCGGACCACCUGAGCUACCCGACACUACAGAAGCUUUCCCAGAGACGACCCGAUGUUCCCAUUUAUGUUGGCGACACGGAAAGACCAGUGUUUUGGAAUCUGAAACACAGUGGGGUCCAGUUGACUAACAUCAACGUGGUGCCAUUUGGAGCAUGGCAGCAGGUAGACAAAAAUCUUCGAUUCAUGAUCUUGAUGGAUGGCGUUCAUCCUGAGAUGGACACUUGCAUUAUUGUGGAGUACAAAGGUCACAAGAUACUCAACACCGUGGACUGCACCAGACCCAAUGGGGGAAGGCUGCCCGUGAACGCUGCUCUGAUGAUGAGUGAUUUUGCUGGAGGAGCAUCAGGCUUUCCAAUGACCUUCAGCGGUGGGAAAUUCACUGAGGAGUGGAAAGCCCAGUUCAUUAAGACAGAGAGGAAGAAGCUGCUGAACUACAAGGCUCAGCUGGUGAAGGACCUGCAGCCCCGCAUCUAUUGUCCCUUCGCUGGGUAUUUUGUGGAGUCCCACCCAUCAGACAAAUACAUUAAGGAAACAAACAUCAAAAAUGACCCAAAUCAUCCCUGCCCUGGGGGUCUCACGUGCCUGAGUUCAGGGCUGGUGAGAGAAGGAGCAGGAGGGUGGACAGGACCCCUCAGGGAGGCCCGGCUGGAGGAACCCUGCCCUGGCUCAGGCUCAGGUGGAACUUCCCAGCAGCCUCAGCCUCUGCUCUGGAGGCCUGCCUUCCCCGCCUGCGCACUCUCCCCUCACUGUUGUCCCGCUGUGUCUUUAAGCAAGGGCAUCGUGGAGCCUCCAGAAGGGACCAAGAUCUACAAGGAUUCCUGGGACUUCCAGCCAUACCUGGACGCCCUGCGUGCUGCAGUCGGCGACGAGAUCUUUCUGCACCCAUCCUGGAUAAAAGAAUACUUCACCUGGGCUGGAUUUAAGAAUUAUAACCUGGUGGUCAGGAUGAUCGAGACGGAUGAGGACUUCAACCCCUUUCCUGGAGGGUACGACUACUUGGUGGACUUCCUGGAUUUAUCCUUUCCUGAAGAAAGACCCAGCCGGGAGCAUCCCUAUGAGGAGGUUCGCAGCCGGGUGGACGUCAUCAGACACGUGGUGAGGAACGGGCUCCUCUGGGAUGACCUGUACAUAGGAUUCCAGACCCGGCUGCAGCGGGACCCCGACAUAUACCACCACCUGUUUUGGAAUCAUUUUCAAAUAAAACUCCCACUGACGCCACCCAACUGGAAGUCCUUCCUGAUGCACUGCGGUUAGAGGGACCUGGGACUUCUCAGGGAUGCCAGACCACAUGAAGAAUUCGAGAAUUUACCUGCUCCACCUUGAUACAGGUUCAUCCCAGAGAAACUACGCUUUAUCACAUAAGCAUCGGAUGUCUGCUGCCUUCGUGAGAUGUUUACAAAACUUGUGGAUCACUACGCAGAUACGCAAAUAUAUUUUUCUGGGGGUGUUGCUCAGUGCCAGAUUAUAUGCUUAGAUGCAUGAAGUACUGGGUUCCUAUAAAUCUCACCCAUAAUUCUCAAUAGAAGGAAACAAUGAAUCCCAAAGGAACAAGCCCUGUAUGCAAAACAAGGCCUAACAAAUUGAGAUAUGAA